AUGAGUAGUUUGAGCAUGGUAGAGGCAAAGCUGCCGCCGGGGUUUAGGUUUCAGCCAAGAGAUGAAGAAUUGAUAUGUGAUUACUUAAUGAAAUGGAUAAUCGGCUGUGGCCACCAGAACCACCCUCUGUUAAUUGAAGUUGACCUCAAUAAGUGCGAGCCUUGGGACGUUCCCGAAUCAGCAUGUGUAGGAGGUAAGGAGUGGUAUUUUUACAGCCAACGCGAUCGUAAAUAUGCAACAGGAUUAAGAACAAAUCGAGCGACACAAACGGGUUACUGGAAGGCCACCGGAAAAGAUAGACCGAUUCUUCGUAAGGAAACCCUAAUAGGAAUGAGAAAGACAUUGGUCUUUUACAAGGGCAGGGCUCCUAAAGGAAGAAAAACCGAUUGGGUCAUGCAUGAAUUUCGCCUUGAAGGACCCUUUGGCUCUCCUAAACCAUCAUCUGUCAAGGAGGAUUGGGUUUUAUGCAGAUUGUUCUACAAAAAAGGAGAAGUUGAAGCCAGACCAGAAACAGGAAGCAGCCACGAAGAAGAAAUCACCACUUCUCCUACUUCUCUUCCUCCAUUAAUGAAACCCUGUCUCACCUUUGACCCAAAUCAGGCCACAACAGACAAGUAUAAUAAUGAGCAAGUGCCCUGCUUCUCCAUUUCGAACAAUAAUUUCUCACAAAUCACAGAACCAUCCGACGAAUUCAUGCCCACGUUUGGAGGGUUGCCUGCAGAUCAUAAUCUUGGAAUGUGUUCAUCAUCAUCAAACUCUGAUCAGACGGCGAUCAAAGCUCUAUUCUAUCAAUUUACCGAAAUGGACGGAAGCAAUUGCUCCCCAAGUUUUGGGGAUGGAAGUUCAGACAGUUAUCUGUCUAAACUGGGAUUGCAGUGGAACCAUUAUCGAUAUGAUUUUUAA